AGCCUAAGACUAGUUAGCAAACAAGGUUGUCAUUUCCUUAUCAUCAAGGCUUGUUCCUCAUUGAGGGCUAGAAAUCUCUUUCACAUUUCAGAUCGUGAAGGGUUCCUGAGAAAGCAGCGUGUCUCUGUCCCCUCUCUAGGAGCUCUUGGAUGGAUCUUGUGCUCUAGAGGGAACAAUGGACCCCUGGCUUUGGUUACUUUACUUCCUGCCAGUAUCAGGGGCUCUGAGGAUCCUCCCAGAAGUAAAGGUAGAGGGGGAGCUGGGCGGAUCAGUUACCAUCACGUGCCCACUUCCUGAAACGCAUGUGAGGAUGUAUCUGUGCCGGGAGAUGGCUGAAUCUAGAGCAUGUGCUACUGUGGUAUCCACCAACAACUUCAUCAAGAAUGAAUACAAGGGCCGAGUCACUCUGACGCAAUACCCACACAAGAAUCUGUUCCUAGUGAAGGUAACAGAACUGGCCGAAAGUGACAGCGGCGUCUACGCCUGUGGAGCGGGCAUAAACACAGACAGAGGAAAGACCCAGAAAGUCACCCUGAUUGUCCGCAGUGAAUACCAGCCAUUAUGGAAAGAGCAACCAGCGUCUGAGACUCCAAAUUGGUUUCAUGUGCCCUAUUUGUUCCAGAUGCCUGCACAUGCCAGUUCUUCCAAAUCCGUACCCAGAGUUACCAUACCAGUUCAAAGGACCAAGGUCCCUCCAGUCCACCACCCCUCCCUCACCACCCAAAUCAUCCACCGUCCUCGAGUGUCCAGAGCAUCUUCAGUAGUAGCUGACAAGCCCCCAACCCUCCUUCCAUCCACUACUGCCUCAGAGAUCUCAGCUCCGGGGGUGCUACUCAAGCCUCGGACAGCCAGCCACAACCACCACACCAGGCUGCACAGGCAGAGAGCACUGGACUAUGGCUCACAGUCUGGGAGGGAAGGCCAAGGAUUUCACAUCCUCAUCCCGACCGUCCUGGGCCUUUUCCUGCUGGCACUUCUGGGGCUGAUGGUGAAAAGGGCUGUUCAAAGGAGGAAAGCCCUCUCCAGGCGGGCCCGUCGACUGGCCGUGAGGAUGCGUGCCAUGGAGAGCUCCCAGCCGCCCCGCGGGUCUCAGCAAAAGCGCUCCCAAAACAUCUACAGCGCCUGCCCGCGGCGGGCUCGCGGGGCGGACGCUGCAGGCAAUGGGGAGACCCCCGUUCCAGGUUCUAGGGCGCCGUCGUCCCCCGCUCUGCUGCAGGUGUCUGAAUCACCCUGGCUCCAUACCCCAUCUCUGAAGACCAGCUGUGAAUACGCAAGCCUUUACUUCCAGCCUACCGCCAAGAUGGAGGACAGUGAUUCAAACGACUACAUCAAUGUUCCUGCCUGACAACUCCCCAGCUGUGCCCCUACCCCAGGCCCAGACUGUGGUGCCAAGGAGUCUCCUCUGUCCCCUGAUAUCCAAUACCUGCUUCAUGUGUUCUCAGAGCCAUCAUCACUUCCUAUGCCCCAUCUCAAAUCCCAUCCCCUUCUAUCUGUGCCCUGAGUGUGGCUCCGCCCCCAAGUCCUCUUGCACACCUUGGCAGCCUCCUGUAGUCAACAGGUAAGGUCUAGGCAUACAGAGCAGUUGUCCCAAUGCUACUUUCUUCCUUUUUAAGCUAUCUAACAGGAUGUGGGAUUUGCAGAGUGUUUCUUCAAUGUCUCACCACAGGGUUGUUGCUGCCUAGGCUCUAGAUCACAUGGCAUCAGGCUGGGGCAGAGGCAGAGCUAUUCUCAGGCAUCCUUCCCAGGUUUGGGUCUUACACAAAUAGAAGUCUCAUUUUCUGAGUUAUGUGGGUAAGCCUCAGCCCCAUGGACUAGGCAGGGGUCUAGUAUGAAAACACUCCCAGAUACGGCUUUGCUCUGAUCCAAAAGUUGGCACCUGCUAGUGAACAUCUACUUAUCUCAAGUUAUAUGCUAAGGGCAAUUUAUCUUGGUGUGAUGAUGUAUUCUAAAUUUUCAGAACCGAGCUUGUUAGUGAGAUUUGCAUAUAAAAGAAGUCUUUGUCGUCUCUUUAUCUUUCUUCCAUAGCCUGAUGCUGAUAUUUGUGCACUUAACUUUGGUCUAUUUUAGUCAUUCAAAACUAUUAUAUUUCUCAACUUUCACAAAUGUUCCUCAUUUCUUUGCCAGUUCCAGACAACAUAUAGCAAGGUGGGGAAGGAAAGCAGUCAGGAGUUCCUGGGUGGCCAGGGCUCUGCAGUAGCACUUAUGUCAUGGAAGAAGAGAUAUGCCACCUCCUACGUAUACGUUUUGUCUAAGUUUUUGGAACAAGGUCAUAGUCAGAAGUUAGAUCUUCAGAUUGAUACCGACCACAAAGCUCAACCAGAGCUUGAGGCUGGAUACCCAGCCUUGCUUUUGGGAAGAAGGCCUUUUCUGGCUAUACAACACAGUCUUGCUGGGCAGGCAUCCAGAAAUAGAAAAGAAAGGCUGCCAUCUUUGAGUUGUGUUGUCAUUUAUUAGCAGGGAGUUUCAUCACGGAUUGGACAGUACAUCCAGGUGCAAUGUCAUCAUCAGCAGGUCAGCUUGACACUCAAGUGGCAGCUUAGGGAAGAAUGACUAGGAUUAAAAAAAAAGGAGGGCAUCAAGGGAAAGGGAUGAUGGGGUAAGCUGUUGAGUGUGGGUGGGAAAUGAAAUGUUAGUGAGCAUCUGCUUCAUGCUGGGCACUUUAAUCCACGUUUUAUCUUUUAUCACUUACUUCUCAAACUGAUGUCUCUUCCCCUCACCCCCAUGCCCACCAAUGCUCUGUCCCUGCAGAUAUCAGAAGACAGUGUGAUUUCCAUUCUCCAAAGUUCAGUUUUGCAUCCCAGCAUCCAUCUCUGUUUUUCAAUAAUCCAAAGACAGGCAAAAAAAAAAAAGUAAAACCACAGUUUAUUAAGUACUUAGUGAGCACCCCUCCACUGCCCCACACUGUGGCAAGGAUUGCGAGGGGUGAAGGAGGAGCAUGGGGCACAGUAUUCUGCUGUCUUCACGGAACUUAGAGUCUCACAAAUAAAUAGAGCAUCAGUUGAAAUACUGACAUUAAAUAAAUAGGGUUGUAUAAA